AUGGAGAGGAAGAAACGCAAGGAGAAAUGUGUGAGGCCCGACCAUGGCUUAUUGCUCAGCGUAUCUAACAACAGCUCGGUUGCGACACCUGCGACCCAUCCUCUCGUGUUCUGCUGCAACUACUGCAGCAAGAAGUUUAGCAGCUAUCAAGGGCUCGGUGGGCAUCAGAACGCGCACAAGCUCGAGCGGGAAGAAGCCAAGGAAAGGAAUCAAAGAAAGGCCUUAGGGUUUAUCCUCGUGCCAGUGGGGUUGCACGAUGGACCAGGAAAUAAAGCAUCAGCCGUCGUCGAUGAGGAAGACGAUGCUGCCCGACCAAGAACGCAAGAUCUUCUCUCCAAGAUCGGUGAAUCCUCGACCAAGGACAGUGAUCCUGGUGUCGAUGAGAGCGAGUUGCUUGAGGUUGAUUUGACCCUUAGGCUUUGA